AUGUGGCCGCCGACUGAAAAUAUUUGCCAAUAUAGCUACUUGGAUCACAACAAUCUGAGUCCGCAUGUUCUCCAUGAGCAUUACCAUCAUAAUCACUAUCCGCAUACAUCCCAAAACAAUUAUGAAUGUUUCCAGACGCUUUCUUGUCCAUCAGAUCUUCCUGUCGAAACCUCGUUCAACAAUUAUACAGAUCUAAAUAACUAUUGGUGUCCUCCAGAAGAUCAUUGUGCUCAUAAACGAUGCCAAGCUCAUUGGCACGAAAACAUUCCGGAAGGACAAUCAAAGAUCUUCGAAGAAAUCUCGAAGGAAUGCGAGCAUUUCCUCAAACAGGCCGACUGCGAAAAAUGCAAAAUAAGGCACCAAGACGGAGGCGAAGAGGCGAUUCCGAUUGACGAUCUCGUUGAAAUUGUGAUGCAAACCGUCGACAAUAUAAAAGAUCAAGUGUCGCCGAAAAAUUCAUCGGUUGACAAGAAACGUGAACAAAACAAAGUUGCUGCCGCUCGGUAUCGCGACAAGCAAAAAGCCAGAUGGAAGGGACUUUUGGAAAGCCGCGAAAAAGAAGAAAAACGAAAUGUCGAGCUGAAAUCGAAAGUCAAAAAGCUUGAAGAAGAAGUUGAUGCCUUGCGAAAGAAGUUUUUGAUGACAAUAACUCAAUAG